AUGGUAACCUGUGACCAUGGCGGAUGCAUUAAGGGGGGGGCAGACUUUGAACUCUCAGGCUCACAGAGACGAAGGACGACCGAUCGGAGCCAACAUGGGGCUUCGAUUCCUCCUCAUCUUGGUGUUCUGCUUCCACCGCUGCUGGCCUGCUUCAGUCUUCUUGGACACGCGUCAGGCUAACGGCGUCCUCCAGCGGACACGCCGCUACAACUCGGGCUGGUUCGAGGAGCUGCAGAAGGGAGACCUGCAGAGGGAGUGCAUAGAGGAGAAGUGCAGCUUCGAGGAGGCCCAGGAGGUGUUCGAACACGUCGAGCUCACGAACGAGUUCUGGGCGGUUUAUUCUAUCCCAGAGAGCUGUAAGCCCAGACCCUGUACCAACGGAGGAACCUGCAUCCCAGACGGCUCGUCGUACACCUGCCUCUGUCUGCCACAGUUCAGAGGACUCAACUGUGAGCUUGAGCUCAGGGCUGAGCCAGACACUUGUUUGGUCCAGAAUGGAGGCUGUGAACACUUCUGUGACGAGGAUACGGUUAACCAAAGCCUGACAUGCUCGUGUGCUGAUGGAUACUCUCUGGGGGAGGAUGGACAGAGUUGUGUCUCCAAAGAACCAAUAGGUUGCGGUAUGGUCCCAGUCCUGCAGGGACAAACGAAAGAGGAAAACCUUCGAAUUGUGGGAGGAACCGAGUGUCCCAAAGGUGAAUGCCCCUGGCAGGUUUUGCUGGCCUACAAAGGCAAAGGUUUCUGUGGAGGAGUGAUUUAUAAACCCACUUGGGUCCUCACUGCGUCUCAUUGUCUGGAGGACACAGACGCUCGGUUCCUGAAAAUCAUAGCAGGAGAGCACAACCUGGCGGUCAACGAAUCCACGGAGCAGGUCAUCCAGGUGGCGGAAAUCCUCAUGCACCCAAACUACGCAAAAACCACCGUGGACAAUGACAUCGCCCUCCUCCGGCUGGCCUCCCCCAUCACAUACACCUCUUACGCACUCCCAGUCUGCCUGCCAACCCGGUUUCUGGCCGAGCACCAGCUGUGGGCGGUCCACCUGCACACAGUGAGUGGCUGGGGGAGGCGGAGCGAGUUUGGACCCACUUCCAACGUGCUGAGACGCACUAAGAUUCCCCGACUGCGGACACAGACGUGCGUAGAGGAGAGUGGGGUGGCUCUCACCAAAAACAUGUUCUGUGCCGGGUAUCUAGACGGGCGGACGGACUCAUGCAAAGGGGACAGCGGUGGUCCGCUGGUGACAGAGUACAAGAAGACUGUGUUUCUGCUGGGGAUCGUCAGCUGGGGAAAGGGCUGUGCCCGACCAGGGAAUUAUGGCAUCUACACCAGAGUCUCCAACUACUUGGAGUGGAUCCAGAACCGAACAGAAACCUCAAGUGCCCUGAAACCCUAGCUGACAUCCAAACGAGAAGCAUACUUUGAUUAGCCAGUAUUAGCUCAGCUAAGGACUAACCAGAUUAAUGAAAAGUAUGAAGUAAAAUUGAGUCUGUCCAGCUAAUUCUGACUACAUCGUCUCUAAAAAUGUAUUAGUUGAUUGAUUGAUUAUUUAAAUGUUCAGUAAAGAGACUUAAUUUAACCAAAGAAUAACAACGGGUCAUGGGAAUUGAUGGAAUCAUUGCACAGUGAUUGCUUUUUUUUUCAGUUAUUUGGUCAUAAAGGAAGAAAAGUGUUGAACUGUUAUGAGCCCUAACACUGUGUUCGGAUCAAAAUGUACCCACUUUUACACUUUAAAUCAGGUCAAUUCUGACCCGAACUCAGUAUAAGGGUUAAUUACAGAUGAAUACACUUAAAUACCUUGAAUUUGUUCAGAUUCUUAAUGAACUUAUUUUUUACACUUAAACAUGGGUCAAUUCUGACCCGAACACAAUAUAAGGGUUAAUCACAGAUAAAUAAACUUAAAUACCUUGAAUUUUGUUUGGGUCAGAAUUGACCCAUUUCCCCACUUGAUCACGGAUCAAUUCUAACCCGAACACAAAAUAAAGGUUAAUUAUUACAUAUAAAUACCUUAAAUAUUGUUUCCGUCAAUAUUGACCAAUUUUCACGCGUAAAAACGGGUCAAUUCUAACCUGAACUCAAUAAUAGCACUAAUUACAGAUAAUUACACUUAAAUACCUUAAAUUUUGCUUGGGUCAAAUUUGACCCAUAUUCCCACUUGGAAACGGGUCAAUUCUGACCCACACUGAAUGUAUGUGUUAUUUUUAGAUUAAUACACUUGGAUACCUUAAAUUUUGUUUGGGUCAAAAUUGACCAAUAUUUUCCACUUGAAAACGGGUCCAUCUGACCCAAACACAAUAUUAAGGGUAAUUACAGAUGAUUGGACUAAGAUACCUAAAUUUUUGUUUGGGUCAAAAUUGAUCCAUUAUCACACUUGAAAACUGGUCUAUUUUGACUAUAACACAAUAUACGGUAAGGGUUAACUUUACAUUUCCCGCUGUACAAAGGCAGAAGUUGAGCCCCAUGGCCAACUUUGCUAUUGUGUGCUCAGCCGCAUUAAUGUAAAACACUAACAACCAAUUUGAAACCAAUAAAAGAAGCUUUGAUGAUGAAAUA